CUCUACAGAUCAAACAGGAAGAAGAAGAAGAACCAGAACCUCUACAGAUCAAACAGGAACAAGAACCAGAACCUCCACACAUCAAACAGGAAGAAGAAGAGGAACCAGAACUUCCAGAGAUGGAGGAACUUGAGGUUCUGGGUACCAGCCAGGAGGGAGAGCAGCUUAUUCUUAAGUUUGAGAGUGAAAGCCUUGAAGUUCCUUCUAUUGAGGAGCAAAGUGACCUGAGAGAACCAGAAGAAGUACGGGACACUGAGCAGCUCCUCUCUCAGGACUCUGAAGGUGAAAAGCUUUGUGAGGAAACAUGUGGUGAACCUGUCCGCAAAAAAACAAAAUUACAUCCAAAGGCAGGAGCAGUCACUGACAAGAAGAAAACUUGUGAAACAUGUGGGAAAAGUUUCCGUGAUUCGAGCACUUUAUUGGUCCACAUGAGAUCUCACACAGGUGAGAAGCCGUUUCCUUGUGAAACAUGUGGGAAAAGUUUUAUUAACCGGAGUCAUUUGGUGGUCCACAUGAGAUCUCACACGGGUGAGAAGCCAUAUACUUGUGAAACAUGUGGGAAAAGUUUCAGUCAUCACAGUACUUUAUUGGUCCACAAGAGAUCUCACACAGGUGAGAAGCCGUAUCCUUGUGAAACAUGUGGGAAAAGUUUCAGUCGUAACAGUCAUUUGUUGGUCCACAAGAGAUCUCACACAGGUGAGAAACCACAUUCUUGUGGAGCAUGUGGGAAAAGUUUCAAUCAGAACAGUCAUUUGUUGGUCCACAUGAGGACUCACACAGGUGAGAAGCCGUAUCCUUGUGAAACAUGUGGAAAAAGUUUCCGUGAUCAGAGCGCUCUAUUGGUCCACAAGAGGUCUCACACGGAUGAGAAGCCAUAUCCUUGUGAAACAUGUGGGAAAUGUUUCCAUGUUCAGCACGGUUUAUUGGUCCACAAGAGAUCUCACACAGGUGAGAAGCCAUAUCCUUGUGAAACAUGUGGGAAACGUUUUAAUAACCGGAGUCAUUUGUUGGUCCACAUGAGAUCUCACACAGGUGAGAAGCCAUAUCCUUGUGAAACAUGUGGCAAAAGUUUUAUUAACCGAAGUCAUUUGUUGCGCCACAUAAGAUCUCACACAGGUGAGAAGCCGUAUCCUUGUGAAACAUGUGGGAAAGGUUUUAUUAACCGGAGUCAUUUGUCGAUCCACAUGAGAUCUCACACAGGUGAGAAGCCAUAUCCUUGCGAAACAUGUGGGAAAAGUUUCAGUCAACAGAGUGCUUUAUUGGCCCAUAAGAGAUCUCACACAGGUGAGAAGCCGUAUCCUUGUGAAAUAUGUGGAAAAAGUUUCAGUCGGCGCAGUAAUUUAUUGGUCCACGUGAGAUCUCACACAGGUCUGAAGCCAUAUCCUUGUGAAACAUGUGGGAAAAGUUUCAGUCAUCAGUGCGCUUUAUUGGUCCAUAAGAGAUCUCACACAGGUGAGAAGCCGUAUCCUUGUGAAACAUGUGGGAAAAGUUUCGGUCAUCGUUGUUCUUUGCUGAACCACAUGAAAAUUCAUUUGGAGAUGAGGUGAUUAAAGAUGAUUGAAGAUCUCAUUGGCCCAGUUUACAAGCGUGUUUUUUCAAUUCCCAUGAAAACAAUCUAGUAGUUGUAAACAUGUACGGCGUACAAAGCGAUCCACGAUCAAUCCUCAUUUACAAGGGUCCUUGGUGAAGCGGAUUAUACUUCGUCCUAUGACAUGCGCACAAAAUCUCUUGCUGAACUUUCAGGUCUUUAGCUUUGCAGCCAGCUGUCUUCAGCACGGAGCAGAGUGUUUUUAUCUGCUCAAAAAAUCUUCCUUCAUCUCCAUGGUAUGUUGCUCAGAGAGCUCCUCCCCCAACCAGAGUCCCGCCCCGCCGGCACAUCCUGGAGUAAAGCACCGGGGAUCAGCUCUGCCAAUGUUAUGAAUUAACUGGUGCCCAUGUUAAGUUGUGACGUCGGUUAUGUAAUCACGUCGGUUUGUUGGUUGGUUGGUUGGUUUGUUAGCAACAUUACGGAAAAAGUAAUGGACG